AGAAACAGUAAAAGGGCAAACUAAUUGCCUGCAAAUGCCUAAAAGUGUAACCAAGUGAUUUAAAUUUAAAAAGUACACUAAGUGACGUUUUAUGCGUAUGUUGGUGGGUUCGCUGGCCCGCUUCGAAAGUUGCUUCGCUCGCAACGUCGACUAGCCAAGGCAGCAGAGACCUUCUGGCCCUAUUGCCUGCUGCUGUUGUUGUUGUUAUCGUCGUCGUCGUUGUGUAGGUGUAGUUGUGAACUGGGUGCGUUGCCAAUAUGAUGAACAACUACGGAAACAUAAUGAUGGACUCGCCAAAGUCGUCGCCGCAUGGUGGUCGAUCUCCGGUGGUGGCACGUCAAGACUCGUCGGGUACCCUAAAGACGACCAUAUCGUUGGGAAAAACACCAACGAUAAUACAGACGGGACCGUUCUAUUCGAUGAAGGAACCACCAGCAAAGGCGGAACUGACCGGUGAUAAGGAUCUCAUGACCGAAUAUGGCCUGCAUCAUACGCUGACCAAGUUCAAAGAGAAAAAGUUCAAGGAAUCACUGGCAUCGUUUUUGCCCAACAUACCCGGCAUCAAUGACCUAAUCACGCAUCCCGUCGAGAAUAGCACGUUGCGUAGCGUCAUCGAGAAGCCGCCCAUCGGAGGCAAAGAACUGUUGCCUUUAACUGCCGUGCAGUUGGCCGGCUUUCGUUUGCAUCCAGGACCGCUGCCGGAACAGUAUCGCACUACAUAUGCCACACCUGCGCGCAAACAUAAGAACAAACAUAAAAAGCACAAACACAAAGAUGGCGUCACUAUUGGACAGGAGUCAACGCUCUUGGUUGAUUUUACAGAUUCCGCUGGCCUGGAAACUUACGAAAAGAAGCAUAAAAAGCAAAAGCGUCACGAAGACGACAAAGAGCGCAAGAAACGCAAAAAGGAGAAGAAGCGCAAAAAGAAGAAUCAAAGUCCCGAACCGGGCGCUGGCCUUGUGGGACUACCUGGAACCGGUCUUGGAGGUAGCACUGGUGGUGGCGGAGUCAUGGGCGCCACUAGCCUAGGAGCACUGAGUGCUAGUACGGGUCUCGGCAAUUUGGGUGCUGGUAGUGUGGGCGGCUUAGGAGCGGGUGUGGGCCUUAAUAGUUUCCCUUCCUCGCUACAACAAAUGCAACAGCAGAUGCCGAUGCAGCAGACAAUGCUGCAGGGUGCCAGCAGUGGUGGGCUUUUGGGCUCCGUUUUAGGGACAGGCAGCAAUGCGGGUGGUGCAGGCAGUGGCGGCGCAAGCGGCGGUGGUCCAGGCAGCUUACUAAUGUCGCAAUUCUAGGAGACAAACAUCGGCCACAGGUGUUAGUUAUAGACUUGGCUCAUUACCUCUCACACUCAACCCAUGCAACAACAGAAACGACAAAAACCAACAACAGGUGUCCUCAAUGCACGCUCUAAAUGCAAUUUUCGAUAAUGCUUCAUGUUUAGCUCUAAAUUAUUUAAGUGUAACAUAGCUUAAUUUUUAAUUAGCAAUCUUCUAUAUUCGUUUUAGUAAUUUUUAGCACGCUAGCUUAACCAGAUUUAUUGAAUGCAAAUUAUGGUACAAAAUCCAAAUAUUUUUGGUUCAGUUCUUAAACGGCCCCUAUACACACUCACUUUACCUUAACAGAUCACCCCGAAUGUAUUUUUUAUAGGUUUCAUGCAUAAAUUUUUUUUGCAGUAUUUUCUUUUGUUGCAAUGGUUUGUUCUUCCAGCGCGUUUCUUAAAUAGUUGAGAUUCAAAUGGUUUUUGAAAAACAAAAAAAUUUUGAAAUAAUAGUAAUAACCUUUUGUAAAA